CGGGCAAUCCACUCACCAGGCCAACAACCUACGGCUGCCUCUCUGACAUCCUUGGAAGUGGUGAGGAUCCAACCCUGUGGCCAGCCAGCAUGUCGACUUCCCUGAGAGUGAGCCCCUCCGUUCACGGCUAUCGUUUCGACACCGCCUUGCGUAAGAAAGCUGUGCCCAACAUCUUUGAGAACCUGGAUCAAGAGACACUGGAGAAACUCUUCAAAAACUCCGGGGACAGGAAAGCCGAGGAAAGAGCUAAGAUUAUCUUGGCCACUGACCAAGACCUGGAGGAGAAAGCGAGAUCCCUCAUGGCUCUGAAGCAGAGAACCCGAGAGAAACUUUUCCAGUUCCUGAAAUUCGGGAAACAUUCCAUCAAAAUCCACUGAAGAGCCACAAAAGCAAGAUGGUGAACCCCAAAAACCAAAGCCAAACCAAAAAGUAUAUUGCACUGCUCUUCUGCUGGUGUCAUCCUUUUCGCCCGCCAGCAUCUCCAAACGCCUGGUACGAGACGGAGGAUGCUUGGACGUGUCAGUCAUGGGUCGUUCAGUCCUCACUGGCUGUGUGUGCGCUUCUUCUGCAGACUCCAGCUUGGAACAAUCCAAAGGGAGUCCCUCCUCAAACGAUGAAAGCAGCAAAUCCUGAGCCACAAGGAUGGGAAAGUGGUGGAACGGACAGCUCCAACUUUUUGUUUUUUUUCUGGCAGCAUGGAGGGAGAAGAGACUCUGUGUGAUUUUUCUCCUGGACUAAACUGUCUGCUGCCUGGACAGCCUUUCUGGACAUGUGUUUACUGAAUGUGCACAACCUUCCAUAAGGUGCUUUUCUCUCUUCUGCUGGGAUCACAGGAGAUCAGACAGCAAUCCUUGUUUAUCCCUUGG